GGUAAGACUGAGUAGCUGACAGCUUUUCUGAGAAGAGACCAUUUUGCGUUAGAGGAAGCAGUAUCUCUCUUGGAUGUCCUAACACCGUGGUUCUGAAUUUGAAAAAGGAAGACUUAAACAGAGGAAACUGUUUAGGCGAGGAAUUACUGGGGACACUGGAGCUGGUCACACACAGGGAAUAGAUGGCUGUUUCAUCGAUAGUUCUGUUAUGAACGCUCUCUAACUGCCUGACAGAGAGAACUUAAAAUGGAUUUGCGAAACAUACCCUACCGUUCGGACGUGGUUACGUGGAACCCAGAUGACUUAGCAGAAUAUUUUAGAACCUUAAAGUAUAAGGACUGUGAGAAAGUGGUGAGAAAGCACAGCAUAAAUGGACAAAGGUUUUUGAACAUGUCUGAAAAUGAUAUCCAGAAAUUUCCCAAACUCAGAGUGCCAAUUGUAAGUAAAUUAAGUCAAGAAAUAAACAGAAAUGAAGGGAGGCUAUCUUUUCUGCCAAAAUGGGCCCAAACACAAAAAAGUCCAGAAAAUCCUGGAUACAAUCAAGAUGAUGACAGCUGGUCCUCAUUUGAUGACGAUGAUGACUAUGAAAGCCCCGAUGAUGACCAGGAAAAGGAAGAUGAGGCUGACUAUGAAUCACCAACAGAAGAACCUGAGGAAGCAGAACAUGACAGUGAUGGCUAUGAGCCACCGCCAUCCAAUAACGAUGAAGCACACCACAAUGUCAUAUUUCCUGCCAAGUCACUUGCAAACAACACAGAUUAUAUAGACAGGCCUCCAACAUCCAGAUCAUCACAGCAGCCUCCAGUACCGCCCCAGCGACCUGGCCCAUCCCCAGUACCAUCUGCAUUUGGGGGAAGAGGUGCUUCUCUGCCAGCUUUUCCUUCCCUACCAAGCAACAACGACUUGGAUAGAGACAGAAAUACCAAGCCUUUGAAACCCCCAGCUCCUUCUAUAGACAGAAGCAAAAAACCCACACUGGAUCGCCUUGCUCCACCAUUUGAAAGAGAAAGCCCAAUAACAGGGAGGAAGCCAAGCUUGCCUGAAAAGCCUUUGACUGCACAGCUAAGAUCCCUGGGGGAGCAACUCGCAAUGAUGCCAAAACCUCCUGUCCCAUCAAGCGACAGAUACGAAAGAGGCAUUCCACCUCCUCUAAGGAAGCAAACCCCUGUAAAGCCGGGUUGGACACCACACAAAAAAAAUGAGGAAGAAGAAGACAUCACACCCCAAAGACCAGUGCCACAGCUAUCUUUGCCCCCAUACAGCUCCCAUACGUUCCCAUCCAAAUCUGUAAAGCCUCCACCUAAGCCAGGAUCCAACACUAUGCCUGGUGCAGAAAGUGCUAGAAACCUGUGUUCAAGUGGGUCACUACCACCACGUGUACAUCUAGGCAACAACAGCAGGUCUCCUUCAAGGGGUGCAGCUGACAUUAGACCUCCAUUGCCAAUUCCUACCAGACAGACUGUUCACCAAACAAACCUGGACAAAAAUGAGGACUCACUAAAUAAUGAGUGGUACGUUGCUUAUGUCAGCCGGACAGAAGCAGAAGCAGCUCUUCGAAAAAUAAACAAGGAUGGAACAUUCUUGGUAAGAGAUAGCUCAAGAAAAACUAUUACUCAUCCGUAUGUACUGAUGGUGCUCUACAGAGAGAAAGUAUACAACAUCCAGAUUCGUUACCAGGAGCAAGAUCACGUAUAUUUGUUAGGAACUGGUUUAAAAGGAAAAGAGGAUUUCACUUCUGUGGCAGAUAUCAUUGAUCACUUCCAAAGAACACCUCUUCUUCUGAUUGAUGGAAAAGACAGAGGUUCAAGAAACCAAUGCAUAUUAAAAUAUGCUGCAGGAUAUAUUUAAAUGAGACCUGAGUGAAGUUCACAUAUAGUAUCAAAGCCUACUGAAGUUUGUAAACUUCACGAUAUUUCUUUUUCAGCAAACUAAAAUAACGAAGUCAUUAAAAAUCUUUUGAAUUUUAAGUAGAAGGGCAAUGUUAAUUUUAAAUUAUGACUUGCAAUGCAGUGCUCUGUAAAUCUGAUUUUCCUACAAUGUGCUUGUUACUGUCUACGAAUAAUACAGCACAUGAUUUGAUUUUUUUCUUCUAACAUAUGUGUGUCUUUAAAUGAUUUCCACACCAAAUUAGAAAAUUCAUGACAUGAGUACCAAUACAUGUUUUCACUUUCAUAAGAUAAAAUAAAAGGUAAGCUAUCUUUCAGAUCAGAACUGCAGCAGCAAUUAUAUUAUUGAUUGACAAAAACCUUGACAAAAUUGAGUAGUAGACACUAAAAACCCAAUUUAUUUCCCACCCCCCACCGCCCAAACCACUUCCCCAAAAAAUCUAACUAUGGCCAGUUCUAUGAAAAGACUGAGACUCUGACCUGGAUCUUGAAGACACACGAGUUUCAGUGACACCAAAAAAACCACUGACCCUGGAUAUGCAGCUGCUCGUCAAGAUCUGUAUUUGUGUCAUGAAACUGUCUUCACAAUUUUUUUUAAAAAUAAAAUAUCUACAGAUGCCAUAUUCUCUCUGCCAUACCACAGAUGAUUCACUGAUGGCCCACAAAGAGGAAUUAUGUAUCUCCUAGGAUCCUCUAACCUUAUUCAAAAACAAGCUUUACUUCUCUCUAACUCUGUCUUUCUGGCUCUAAAUCAAGCAGCUGCAUUUUUAAAGAAACCCAUCAACAAGAUUAUCAUCGCAUGAUCCUUAAUUGGCAGAACACACCCAAAUCUCUUAGAAAGCAGACAGACACAACCAGGUUAAACCUAGUUCCUCUUCUACAACUGCUUUCUGGUUUUACUGUAUUUUUUCAAGACAAACAACAUUUUCGAUUCUAAAAUAUAAGCUGUAACUGAGGACCACUGAAACGGAUUAUGUCAAUGGUUUUCCCCUCUCCUUUGUUAAGUGGGAUUGAUCCAGUUCUUAGCCUUGGUUUUCUGGUAACUUUGUUUUUUGACAAGACUUUGUUUGAUAAUUAUUUUAGACUUUGCCACACUUUUUCUCCAUUAAAGUCUUUUGUGUAUAUUUCACUGGAAACAUUUGAACCAAAAUUCAACGCAGGAAAAGAUCUUCCAUAUAAUCUUUAGAGCUUCUCAGAGGAGAUAAUCAGAUUUCAUAAACAGUUUUACUUUAAACAUAUAUGGUUUGUGAACACUAUCUUCCUUUCUAAUAUAUUUAAGUGGGAGCUGGAAUCCAAAUUUAGCAAACUUCAUUUCCAAACAAAUAUAAGUAAAAAAACCAGAUUGAAAAUAGAAGGUUGAAAAUCAUUCAGGUGACAAAACCUGUUCAUAGCCCAAUAUUUUUUAAAAGAUCAUUACUAAUCUUGUGAAAGAAAAGUCAGUUAUAAUGUUUGUUUUUAAACAAUGCUAAAACUAAAAGCAAUAUUACCCAUAUCACAACUGGUUAUGUAAUUCUCUUCCAUUGCACUGCCUUGAAAACACCAAAAACCCAUAAAAAUACCUCCUGUGGAAUUGUGUUUUAUUUAUUUUAAAUCACCUCAUUAGUGAAAGACAAGGAAAAUAUAAUACAUCAUAACAAAUUAUAGGACUGCUUUUUUUCAGCAAAGUAAAUCUUGAUUUUAUUAUUCCCAUAAAUACAUUUUGCUUAUGAAUAAAAACACACGCCAACAUUCAAACAUGCCUA